AUGAAUAAUACCUUAGCUGACCUUGGUGCAUCACAAGAGCAAAUGAGUCUCACACCUGUUGACAUUGACAAUAACAAUGCUUGGACACUUUUCUCAUCAAGUAUUGGUAAUUCAAUACCAGAUGCAGAUCACAUUGUAACCAAGUGCGAGUGCAAUUAUAUUCACAGGAUCUCUAUUCCAACAUCUUCAGAUGGCAUUGACACUUUAAUGGCAAAGCCCCGUAUUAAAAACACCUUUUCAAUAGCAAGACGGGGACUUGCAGUAUUGUUUGCCGGAACUCAAAGGUGCUUGCGUGCGCCUUGCCAAAUGUGGGAAGCAGAUGUUGAUGAGAAAUGGAAACUGAACACCAAGUCAAAAAUCCUAUCUAUUUGGUCCGACGGGCGCACCCCUGUAAAUGUCACCCCGUCACCCCAGCCGCAAAUGGAAGUCCAUCACAUCCAUAGGCGCCAGGCGUCACCCCGUCACCCUAAUAUUCUGAGUCGAGGAGGACAUACCGGGACUGACAUCAAGAUGAUCUUGAAAGCGAAGCAACCUGGAUGGGAAGUGCCAACGGCAUUGCUCUUGAAUAGCAGACUUGAAUUGAUAGUCGCAAUAGCGAAUGCAGCAAAUUUAUGCGGAGGCAACAGGUAUCAAGAAAAAGAACAAUCGGAUACCUGUCGACCUUGA